CCUUCUCUAAUAUCAACACUACUACUCAUUUAUUACUAUUACUGUUGUUAUUGCAUUCUUUCAAAGCCAUACAAAUGGCUGCUUCAACUCUCUCCUACUUGCUUCUAAUCCCUCUUCUGAUGGUUGUUGCAUAUGCUGGUAACUUAGACCAAGAAUUUGACAUUACAUGGGGCGAUGGACGAGCCAAGAUGCUCAACAAUGGGGAGCUACUCACAUUGUCACUUGACAAAGCCUCUGGUUCUGGGUUCCAAUCCAAGAACGAGUAUCUCUUUGGCAAGAUUGACAUGCAGCUCAAGCUUGUUCCUGGGAACUCUGCUGGCACUGUAACUGCCUAUUAUUUAUCUUCAAAAGGAACAACUUGGGAUGAGAUAGACUAUGAAUUCCUUGGGAAUUUGAGCGGAGAUCCAUACAUUCUUCACACCAAUGUUUUCAGCCAAGGCAAAGGAAACAGGGAACAACAAUUCUAUCUAUGGUUUGAUCCUACUGCUGAUUUCCACACUUACUCCAUCACUUGGAACCCCCAGAGGAUUAUAUUCUCAGUGGAUGGAACUCCAAUCAGAGAGUUCAAGAACUCCGAGAGCAUGGGUGUCCCCUUCCCAAAGAGCCAGCCAAUGAGAAUAUAUUCAAGUUUGUGGAAUGCAGAUGACUGGGCAACAAGAGGUGGACUAGUGAAGACAGAUUGGACAAAAGCUCCAUUCACAGCUUCAUACAGGAACUUCAAUGCUGAUGCUUGCAUAUGGUCUAAUGGGGCUUCAUCUUGUGGUUCUGGUUCAGGUUCUUCCUCUACUAGCAGUUCAUGGCUUUCACAAGAGUUGGACACUACGGCACAAGAGAGGCUAAGAUGGGUGCAGAAGAACUAUAUGAUAUACAAUUACUGCACAGAUGCAGAGAGGUUUCCACAGGGUUUUCCUCAAGAAUGCAGAACCUCUUAAAAACAGACAAAAUGUAGUGCCAUUCUAGCUACUCUAGUUUCGGAUUCCACUAUUAUUUUAUUGAUGCAGCUAUUGUAAUUGUAAUUUUCAUUCUUUCAUUCAUUUUCAAUUUUGUCAUCGCUACGAUAUUGAUUAUGUAUUCUUUUAUGUAUGAAAUAUAUAUAUUCUUUUUCUGUGUUA